AUGACCGAAAAUACUGUGCUUAAUACAGUUUUAUACUUUAUUCUGGGUACCGUAGCCGGAUUUUCAACGUUUGCUUCGGGCGCGUUGUUUGGUACUGUUGGUGAACGUUUUCGAUGCCUUUUCGCUCCAAAUCUAGCAGUCAAUGUCGAAAAUAACAUCCAUUUGCUGUUUCAGAACAUACUGCGGCAGGACGCAUCGUUUUUUGAUAACGAACUUCACUCCACUGGUAAACUGACAGCACGUCUUGCUACUGACGCGCAGAAUGUUAAGGCGGCGAUUGAUCAACGUUUGGCGGAAGUUCUGCAGGGUGUUGUAUCAUUGUUUGCCGGUGUUAUAGUAGCGUUUUUAUUCGGCUGGAAUAUGGCUCCAAUCGGAAUCAUCACCUGUGUCAUUCUGGUAAUCUUACAAAGUGCUGUGUCACAAUAUCUCAAAUUUCGUGGCCAAAAAGAUGUUCGAGUCGCCGAAGAAGCUGCAAGUGUAAGAAAAUUUUCACGAAACUCUCAGAUAUGCAUUUACACCUUGCAAUUUCUGGGCUGA